GAGCGAGAGAGGGGCACUACGUCUUCUGGUGACAGUGAUCGGUGGUGAAUAGCACACAGAAGAUUCAGAGUUGUUAGGGAAAGAGCCAAAGACAGUGGAGUGGUAAAGCUAAGAGAAACUAGUCGGACAGUGUGUGGAAGAUGGCGCCUGCUUGUGUGGUUUUUGCCUGGUUACUGUUCACCAUGAAUAUGGUCACCUCAGCUGUCUAUCUGGAGCCUGAAGAGGAGGAGCUCAAUGAAACAGUCAUUUGUACCAACGACCACAUGGAAGUUGUUAUUCCGAGCGCUUUUUUCCUCAACAAAGUGCCUCCAGUUCAUGUUUGGGAUUUGCAUUUAAAUGAUCCAGAGUGCCGUGGCGUUGAAGUCGGAGACGAUUAUGUUUUCAGCAUCAAGACGAAUCUCUCAGAGUGUGGGACCGUUGUGGUCUCAGAUGAUACACACAUAAUGUUCAUCAACACCAUACACAAUAACUACUCAGAUGUUAUCACAAGGAACUACAUCAACAUAACUUUUGUGUGCCGCUACCCCAUCAACUACAUGGUCCAACAACCCAAUGGUGAAAACAUGAUCAGAGUGGAUGUCAGAACCAUCACGUUGAACACAGAGGAUGGGAAUUUCUCAGUGUCAAUGUUGCUGUAUAAAGAUGAAGCCUUUGAGGACAGAUGGACUACUGUGCCCUCACUGACCCUGGAAGAUAACAUUUUUGUGAAAGUUUUCAUGAUACCAGCUCACCUGAUGCUUCGUAUGGAGAGAUGCUGGGCUACCCCAACCAGUGAUCCAUACAGCAAUAUUCAGUAUACCUUCAUCAGAGACAGUUGCCCAGUGUUGACAAAUGAACAAACACUCAGUGUGUUGAAGAAUGGGGAGGGUCCAGAGACCAUGUUCAGGAUACAAAUGUUUAAGUUUGUUGGAAGCUCAUACACCAACGUCUUCCUUCACUGCAAUGUCCAGAUCUGCCACAACAGCCCGGGACUGUGCCAGCCUAACUGCUCUGUUGAAGAUGGGUUAAUGAGAAUACGGAGAGACAUCCCACUGUCCCACACAGUGUCUUAUGGACCAAUCAAGCGACUACUUACUGACAGUGAAAAGCCCAAUCUGAAUGCUGGCAGAGUUCCUCCAGUGGAGACUUUUGUCCUGGGUGGGCUGUUGGUCAUCUUGCUGCUAAUCACAGGGGUGUUUGGGAGACUGUGGCUUCGCUCCAGACGCUUCUACCCAGCACGCGAGGCACAGCUCACCUUAUCUAAUAUUCACCACAUUUCAGAGGUGGCCUCAUGAAUCAGAGACUUUGUAAAUCCAGCAAAUGGACAUAGAAAAACAUGCAAGUGCAGGUGUGAUUUAUAUUGAUGAAAGAAUUGAGUAUUUUUCUGUUCUAU